UGUGAGUGUGAGUCUGUGUGCAGCACAUGAAGAUUGCAGAGGUCUUUACUAUCUCUCCUCACAUUGCAUUCAUCUUUUGGUAGGGUCUAUGCUCAGAGAGACAGUGCUUAAGUAUUUAUGUGGUUGCAGUAAAUAAUUGCCCCCCGCUUGAAGAGAUGAACUUAAUUCAAAUGCCCCAGUCUCAAUCUCAAGAGCAAUAGAGAGAACAAGGGAUCUAUCUCUAUCUAGCACUGCACUUUCUUAGCCAUAUUUCAUGGGAAGUGAAAGAGAAGAAGAAGACAACUCAGCCACCAAUCCCACAACAAUCUCUAGCACGCUAACAAUCAAGAUUUCAAGCAGCAGCAGCAAGAAGCAAGGUGAAGAGACUACAGAGAAUUCAAAUUUACCAUCACCAAACAUAAAGAACUCCACAGAAUCAUCACCUUAUGGUUCUCCUCUUGUGUCUCCACCUUCAUCAGCAUUUGUUUCGGCGUUGCAAUCCCCCUAUAUAUCUCCAAGGGCCAUAACCCCAGAUGAUUCUCACUUGGAAAAACCACCACCACCAACAGCAACAGCAACAGCAACAACCACCACCACCACCCAUCCUUCGACCCCAGAAGACGUGCCAAGCAGUUCCUACACUCCCCCUUCUGAUCAGUAUGAGUUUUCCGAUGACAAUGCUGACACGAAUCUCAAGUUUGUGACAUGUGUUCCCAUCCCUGAAGCAGCUGAUCCACGCAUCUCAUUCUCAUUUCCGGUCCCUAGAGUUUCCUUUGCAAAAGGCUCUGUUUCCCCUGCUUCCAAUGCCAAACUCAGAAGCUGUGAUGUUUACAUUGGCUUCCAUGGCCAAAAUCCCAAACUCCUGCGCUUCUGCAAGUGGCUCAAGUCCGACCUCGAGCUUCAGGGAAUCGAUUGCUUGCUUGCUGAUAGAGCCAAGUACACCGAUAGCCAGAGCCAUGAGAUUGCUGAUAGAGUCAUUUGCUCAGUGUCAUUCGGGUUGGUGGUCGUCUCAAGUGGCAGCUUCCUCAACCAUCUGAGCAUGGAGGAGGUUAGAUUCUUUGCUCAAAAGAAGAACUUGAUUCCUCUCUUGUUUGACACAGGACCUGCUGAGAUCAUGGAUCUUCUUAACUGCAACUCAAUUGACAAAGAAUGUAGAGAGGCCAUCGAUGGACUCAUGAGGUGCAACGAAUUCAAUCUAGGGGCCCAUGAUGGUAAUUGGAGAAGCUGCAUAUCAAAAACUACAGGUAUUUUAAGGGCAAGGCUUGGUAGGAUGAAUGGUGACCAGAGAGACAAUAUGCAAGGAUUUGAGAAUCUACCUUUUCCAAGGAACCAAUACUUUGUUGGCAGGGAGAAGGAGAUUAUGGAGAUUGAAGGUCUCUUUUUCGGACGAGGGAAUUGCGUGGAACAAGUCCAAGAUCAUUGUAUGCCAUUCAACAAAGGAGAAGCUAGUGGAAGUGGACAAUCUGAAGGCCUUGCAGACGAGGAAAGUGAACCGGUUAUGCGCAAAGGUAGGAGAUAUAUUAGUCUAGAGAUGGGGAAGAGCAAAGAACCAACCUUAGAGGCUUGGGUUGAACCACUCAUAGGAAACAAUUCAUUGAAGAGGUUGAAGCAUAAGAAGUCAAAGAGUGGAAACUUCAAAAGCUUGUGUAGUAGUGUGAUUUGCAUCACUGGAGUUUCUGGUAUAGGGAAAUCUGAGUUGGCACUGGAAUAUUCUCACAGAUAUCACCAGAGAUACAAAAUGGUGUUGUGGGUUGGUGGUGAAGCUCGGUAUCUCAGGCAGAACAUAUUGAACUUGUCCCUCAAUUUGGGCUUGGAUGUUGGUGCUGAUUCUGAGAUGGAAAGGGGUCGAAUUCGCAGCUUUGAGGAGCAAGAAUUAGAAGCAUUCAAGAGGAUCAAGAGGGAAUUGUUUGGUGAGACACCUUACUUGCUAAUAAUAGACAAUCUUGAGACUGAAGAGGAAUGGUGGGAAGGAAAGGAUAUAUAUGACUUGAUACCAAGAAACACAGGAGGGACUCAUGUGAUCAUUACUACAAGGCUGUCCAAAGUUAACAGCUACGAUACUAUUCAGCUUCCACCACUGCCAUUAUCCGAAGCAAUGAUUCUGAUAAAAGGAAGAAAAAGGAGGGAGUAUCCAGCAGAUGAGGUAGAAUUCCUUGAAAAAUUCAAUGAGAAGCUUGGACGGUCGAGCUUUGGUUUGUGGGUGAUUGGUUCGAUGUUAUCUGAACUUGCAAUUUCCCCCUCUGCACUGUUUGAGGCCAUUAACCAAAUGCCACUAAGUGGAGAUUCAAACUCAUGCUAUAUGAGCAUUGCAGAAGAGCAAUGGUGCAAAAGCAAUCCUUUCCUCAUGAAGAGCCUCCUUUUCUGUGUAGGAACCUUGGAGAAAACAAAAGCAAAAGGGAAGCUGCUAGCAAUGAGAAUGCUUCUUGUUGGCGGUUGGUUUUCUCCCGCUCCCAUUUCAGCAAGUCUUUUGGUCAAUGCAGCAAAGAGUAUUCCUGCUGUUGAAAAUCAUCUCCAAAAGUGGACCAAAAUUCUGAGCCUAACAUCAGGUUGUUUAUCAUCACGGACGUGGAAAAAUGAUGAAGAUUCAGCAAUGCUUCUGGUGAAAAUGGGACUGGCUCGAAUGGCUAACCAACAUGAUGGAUGUUGUUGGCUCCAGUUCCAUCCCAUAACACAGGCAUUCGCCAAAAGCAGAGGCGGUUUGCAAUAUGCCAAGGCUGCAUUUGAAGGAGUAAGAAAAAUGGGUAACCAUGUAAACUCAGGUCAUCUGUGGUCAUCAGCAUUUCUAGUGUUUGGAUUCAAAUCGGAGCCGCCGAUUGUGCAGCUAAAAGCAAUUGACCUGGUUCUGUAUAUCAAAAGAACAGCUCUGCCCCUGGCAAUCCAGGCAUUUACCACUUUCUCAAGGUGCAAUUCAGCUUUGGAGCUCUUGAAGGUGUGCACCAAUGCAUUGGAGGAGGUUGAGAAGUCGUUUGUGUCUCAAAUCCAAGAUUGGUCCCAUGAUUCGAUUUGUUGGAAGAGGAGGAUGCUGCAAAGAAGCCAAAAAGUGGAUGAAUAUGUGUGGCAGGAUGUGACGUUGUUGAAGGCAACAUUGCUGGAGACAAGAGCAAAGUUGCUUGCAAGAGGGGGCCAUCUAGACAGUGGCAAGGAGCUAUGCAGAACAUGCAUCAGCAUCAGAACUGUGAUGCUUGGCCAUAACCAUGCACAGACCUUGGCUGCUCAAGACACAUUGGCAAGAUUGGUGAGAAUGAGGACCAAGAUAUAAGAAUCACUUCUACUGGACUUGUCAAUUCUCAUGAGUCAGUGUCCUUUACUGUAAUUUUGGUGGUCAUAUCACCAUUCAGAAUUUUACUAGAUAUCUUAGUAUGUUGCUGCACUUCUGUUCCAAU